AUGGCAGAGGUUAGUUCUUGGAUAGUUGAUUCUGGAGCCACCACUCACAUCACUAAUUCCUUUAAAUUUUUGGAAAAUGCCAAACCUCUUACAAAUCAUUUUGUUGCUUUACCUGACCAUACCAAAAUUUGUGCCUUAGCUAUUGGUAAUGUUGUUCUUAAUUCUUCUUUGAUCCUUUACAAUGUCAUAUUCAUUCUCUCUUUCCGAGUUAAUUUGAUUUCUGUUAGUUCUUUGUUGAAAUUGUCUAACUGCACAGUUCUCUUUUUUGACUUAGCCUUCAUCAUACAGGACAGGACCUCCAAGAAGGUGAUUGACAGAGGUGAUGAAACUGAUGACCUGUUUCUGCUACAAUCACCCUUCACAGUUCAUACUAGGAGUUCUGUUCAUAGCUGUCGAUCAGUAACCAAUGUUGAUAGCACUAUUUGGCAUGCUCGUUUAGGUCACACUUCAGAAAAAGUCUUUAACAAAUUGAGUCAUCUUUUGUUCAAUAAAACUCUCAAAUACAAUCAUUCUACUUGUGAAUCUAAGGCCCCAAUUGCCUUUUGGGGAGAUUGUGUCUUGACUGCCACUUUUCUCAUCAAUCGCUUACCAAGUCCAGCACUUCAACACUGCUCUCCAUAUGAAAGACUCUUCCUUAAGCAACCUGACUAUCAGUCUUUGAGAGUCUUCAGCUGCUUAGCUCAUGCGUCCUCUCUUCUAUCUCAGAGACACAAGUUCUCCCUGAGAGCAGUGCGUGCAAUCUUCAUUGGCUAUCCUUCUGGUUACAAGGGAUACAAGUUGUAUGACCCAAUGAACAAGAAGAUUUUCAUCUCCAGAGAUGUAUCCUUUAUCAAAAUUGAAUUUUUCUUUCGACAAUUAACCGAUACUUCCAGGCCCAUGGUGGACAAUUUUCCUGACAUAGUUAUCCCAGUAUCCAUCACUGAUGCAGUCCCUCUAGCAGCACUUACCAGCCCUCCUUCUGCCCAACCACCAUCUCAACCAUCUGUGGAUAUGCUAGUCAUUGAACCUACCUCACAACAUCAGUCAAAUAUUCCAAAUUCACCAAUUAACUUGAGAAAAUCAUCCAAACAAUACAGACCACCAUCUUACCUCAAGGAUUAUCAGUGA